UUAGUUCUCUUGACAGCAGCGCUUCGAGCCUGCGGCGCACAGGCUGCAAGUCUGAACGCGACUGCGACUACGACCUCGGCCAGCACCCGGCUUGCUCACUUCCAGAGCUUCAACGAGGUGCCUCAGCCAUCAAAAGAUGCGUGGCUGGCUAUGUGGUCUACGCACGCCUACAAUAUGCUUAAGAUGCUGCAGGAAACGCGUGGCAUGGCGCCUCUGCACAUCUACAUGCAGGGCGACAGCGCUUUCAGGCAGCAAAAGAACUUCCUGUGCAACCUGCUACAGCCGGGGUUCACGGGCGACGUAUGGGCACUCGACCAGUACGCCCGCAUCACGGAAACCAUCAGCAGCUGCUACAGCCCCGAGCUGGGGGUGCGGGUGACGCACGUGGACAACUCGUGCUGCAGCGCCGCCACACUAACACACCUGGCACGCACCGACACCGACCCCUACGGCCGCCCCGACCCGCCCGCUUGGCGGCCGGCCGGGCUUGGCAGGAGCCGCAGCAGCGGCGGGAACGGCAGUAGCAGCAGCAGCAGCAGCAGCAGCAGCAGCAGCAGCAGCAGUAGCGCCCAGCAGAGGCAGCAACAGGUGCCGGCGGGGCACCAGGACACCACACUGGUGGUCUACAUGAACUGCGGGCUGCACCUGUUGCACCUAGGCGAGGCGAGGCCCUUCGAGUGCCUGCCAGAGCAGUACGGCUACAUGCGCGUACUGCGCGACUUUUCGGAUACCGCAUCGAGGCUGUACCCGCGGUCUCCCCAGGUGUUCAUGACCAGCAAUGACAUCUGUCAGUCCUCAUUCCGGGGGAAGUACGCAAAUGCCUUGCUGAACAUGACUCGUGACCCGGAGGCUCUCAUCCGCGAGUGCGUUGCCCUGUCCAACAACGUCGCCCAUGCCGGUAGGCAGCUUGCCGGCAACAUCCCUGCCAUCACCGCCGCCUGCCGCAACGGGCUGUUCAUUGGCGAGUCCAGCCGCCUCCUGCGGGAGCGAAUGCUCAUGGCGGUCGCCGUGCUGCGGCGGCGGCACUACGGGCGGGCUUACGUAAGCGCCUCGGCGGCCGCCGCUGUCGCCGCAUCUGCGGCACACCGGCAGAAGGGCACGGCUGGGAGUAGUGGCAAGGGGGCGGUAGCGGGGCAGGGGGCAGGGGCGGCGACAAGCGCAGCAGCUUCUGUGGCGUCAGGGGCUGCAGCAGGGGCAGUCAGUGCUGCUGGUGCCGCGAGCAGCGGCAGGCGUUUGGCACACAGUGGCGCAGCCGAUGUUACAGCCUCAGGCGCUGCGGCUGCAGCUGCGACCGCAUCGUACGACAGCGUACGGCACCCGCAGCAGCAGCACGUGAUGGAGGUGGAGGCCCUUCUGACGGAGGUGGCGGGGGCGGGGGCUGCGGGCCCGCCCGUGCCGCCCACCACGGUGGAUGUGGUGGACGGGUACGCCAUCACCGCCGGGCAGUGCUGGGCCAGCCAGGUUAACGACGGGCGGCAUUACCCAUAUCUGGUGCCCAUGCAGGUCUUGGAGCUGAUCAGUGUGCUGCACCGCCGUCUGCUGUCCUCGCCCCAGCAGCACAGGGCCGCAUCCGCCAUUCACACGCACCCGCAGCAUUAGUGAUGCAGGCUAAUGGGGUGCGGCGCGCGGCUUGUCAGCUCUUCACCACCUCAUGUGCGGCGGCACCAGCUCCGUCCGCAGCAGGCGUAUUCAACUGCUGAAGAGCACGUGAGGCCCAAGCCGCCCGCCCAGCAGCUGGAGUUGGGCUGCAUGCAGCCGCGGCGCACCGCACCCUACCAAAUAACAGCAAUACAGGCACAGCACAGGACAGCACACAUGCAGCACACGUUGGUACAGACUGCGGGAUUGGAGGAGGGCCAUUAUUUGGGUUUGUGAGGUUACGGUAUUGCUUCGUGUGAGGUUACAGGUAUUCGCCAGCAGCGAAGCCAUGGUCGUGUGGUUGGGCUGUAGCGUGUUUGUAUGCUGACUCGAAGCCAGGUUAGGUUCAGUUCGCAAUCCCUGUUUGGCCUCGCGCACACACGACGCAGUCGUACUGUCUCUGCAUUAUAUGCACGUGCAUUAUAUGCACGCCGAAAUAAUUGUACCAAUCCACAUGCUCAGGUCAUUCGCAUCGACAAUCAUGAGCACCCUUGGACAAUAGCAUAUGGACAGGGCGUGUUCACUUGGUUGAGCGCACCGAAAUGUGCCGCAAGGUAGAAUGUGAAUGCAGUCAAGUUGUUCGCCCAUGACUUCAACCCGGAGCCUGUAAGUGAGGGACGGUGGUCAGGCCGCCUGGGGGAUGUGUCACGUGUGUGAUAUGCCUAGGUGUUCGUCAGGCGGCCCAAGAGCCGGCUGGCUUUGCUGUUGGCUCGCUUCUCGGGGGUUUCGGCACGCCGCAGAGGCGUGCACUCGACAGCAGGCAACAUGCCGUACUUUCCUAACUUAGCUGCCAACGGGGUGAUGAAGCAGACAUGGGUCCAAGAGCUGUGGCCUCGAGGGAGAUAGCGUACGAGCACUUGUACGAGCAAUCCUAAAGACGAGGUUUUGGUUGCUGUUGGUGGCGACGAGUAGCAAGGGCUGGGAGGGGCUUUUGAAAUGCUGUGGGAGCGAGGGAGCUACAGCUCCCCGGUGAUUAGGCUCUCCACACUUCCCUUCGACUCACGCUCUCAAAUGUAUACAGGCGAGGGCUCCCUUGGAUGUGUGAUUCAGUAAUUGUGAGCCGGGCAGGCGGGCAAGCGGUGACACGGCAUGCGGCGGCAACCCGACGCCAUCAUGUACGGUACAAUAACGUGUGUAAGCUGCUUACGUU